AGGCUCCAAUUAUUAUUAUUAACAUUAAAAAGUAAAAACACACAUCUAUCGCCUCUUUUUUCUGCUCCCAUCGAAAACCAAUGCCCGUUGAACGAUUCAUUACUUGAUGCAACAAAAAACACUCAAUUGCCCCUCUUUGAAAAUGGAUGUUUCACAAUUAAUCUCAAAUUGAAAUUUAGUGUAUGUUUCAUUUUCCCUGCAUUGUGUGUGUGUGUAUGGCUAGAUCAACGAAGCAAGGACAAAACGGAGGAGGUGAGGAGAUGAGAUGACGACGUUGUUGGGUAAACUUUUCUCCCAUUUCACGCGGCGGGUUUCAGAUCUGGAUUGGAGGUUUGUGUUGCUCAUUCUCAUACCCCUCUCGCUUAUCGUCUACGCGUGUCUCUCCUCCGUCGCCACCCCCCUCAUCCGGCCUGUUCCUUCGCCGGCGGCGAACAAAGCAAGGAUCGCGGUUUGCUUGGUGGGCGGGGCUCGGAGGUUCGAGCUCACUGGGCCGUCCAUCAUCCAGAGGAUUCUCAAAGUGUAUCCCAACUCCGACCUCUUCCUUCACUGCCCGCUCGACUCCAAUUCCUACAAGCUCUCCUUGCUCAGGGCUGCCCCCAGAAUCGCCUCUGUCAAAAUCUUCAACCCCACUCACAUUAACGAGACUGAGUCACAGGCUAGAGUUCUCACUCCCCAGGACUCGCCCAAUGGCAUUCAGGGGUUGUUGCAAUAUUUUAAUCUUGUGGAAGGUUGUCUGACAAUGAUUCAAGCACACGAAAUGAAGAAGAGGUUGAGGUACGAGUGGAUUGUCCGGACGAGAGUGGACGGGUACUGGUCCGAGGAGCUGGGUCCGACGCACUUCAUUCCGGGGCGGUACAUCGUGCCGCCGGGAUCGUCAUACGGCGGCCUGAACGACCGGAUGGGCAUCGGGGACAUGAAAACCUCGGAAGUGGCUCUGUCCCGCCUGUCCCUGAUUCCACAGCUGGAGGCGGCAGGGUACGAGCAGCUGAACUCGGAGAGAGCUUUCAAAGCCCAGCUGACAACCGCAGGGGUGGUGUACGCGACCCACCGUGUGCCCUUCUGUGUGGUGACGGACCGGCAGUACCCUUUCCCGCCGGGCCCGAUGGGAGUCCCGGUGGCGGCGAUCUCCAGCCGGGGGCCGCUGAGCGGGGCAAAGUGCAGGCCGUGCACGCCUUCCUGCACCGGGGAAUGCAUUCCUGCGGUGAUGGGGCAGCUGAACCGGGUGUGGAGCUGGACGGACUGGGCCAACAACAGCAUAGAGCUGUGCGACG